GACAGCUGCAAAGAAAUCAACCAAGUAAAAAACUAAAAAGCAAACUCGAAAAUAAUUGAAAUCGUAAACAAAGAGAGAUGCUAUAAUGUCCAAAUUACCCAAAGCAGCGCUUAGUCUAAAGCAGUUCAUGCUGCGCCAGGAGGUGCUCAAAUUGUAUAGGGAAAUCUGGAGAGCUACUCGCCUCGUGCCCGAUAAGCACAGUCAGCGUGAGCUGCGUGACUGGGCACGACACGAUUUCAAUUUGAAUCGCGGGCAGAGCGACGAAGUCGCCAUCAAAAUGCUGCUGCAAAGCGGCAGACGCAGCUUAAACGAGCUGCAGACCAGCCUCCAAUUGAGUGGCACCAAAUCAAAUGCGGCAAAGUGAGCAAAACAAAAGGUUGAA